AUGCCGCAAGUUGCUUUUGUCACCAAUUCAGCCUGCAAGAUCAGAAACAAACUGACUGGGCCGCCCAUGCUACCAAAAGAGGUUGCCAGCUCAUUGAGCACACAAUGGCCUUGUCGUGAUGUCCAGAUACGGCAGCUAGCCAGUCUUUUAAGUCCUCACAUUCCUAGUCCUCCAACAUUAGUCGUCCAUGGCAUCUCCGCGACCUGCAAAUCGACUAUCCUCCGGGCCGUCCUCGCAACCGUCGAAGUGCCGCACGCGAUUGUAAGGAGCUCGGAAUGUAUUACGGGACGGCAUCUCCUGACGAAAAUCCUAUGGAAUACACUGGGGGCACUUGGCCAGAAGGAAGAAUGGGAGAAAUCUGGCAAGGGAAGAUGCGAGCAAGUUAGUGGCCUUGCAGUCUUGCUUGAGGAGUGCCUGGCAGCGAGGCCCGUUGACAACCAAGGCAAAUUCGUGCUGGUGCUAGAUGAGAUCGACAGGCAAAGAGAGGCACCUAAUACUCUGCUGUCAGCACUGGCACGGCUAGGCGAGAUCAUUCCGUCUCUCUGUGUUGUUCUGGUCCUCAGCUCGACUCCACGGCCAUUGUUCCUUCAAAGCGCAGCGGUUCCGCAUGUCAGCUUCCCUCCCUAUACCCGUAAGGAGGCCAUCCACAUUAUCCUCAGUUCGGAUGCGCCAGCCUUGGACGGCUUGCCCGAUGAAACCUCCUCGCGGAUAUACCCAUACUUUGUCUCUACAGUCUACGACUCAUUGGUUGGACCGACAGCAGGUUCCGUACUGGACUUCCGGUCCAUAUGUGACAGAUUGUGGCCUCGGUUCGUUGCGCCUGUCGUGAAUGGCGAAACGCCCCCAGGCGGAAACACCGAGUGGGACUUCUCGCGACUGCUUGUCAAAAACAGAGCCAUCUUCCGACAUCAGGGCGAGUCUGCACUGGUGCACCGCAUUGUCCCCGACGAGACUCCUGCCAGCGCCAAACGGGGCCCGCUGGUAAAAACUGCUAUGCCUUCGGCUCUCCCUUCUCUGCCAUAUUUCUCGACCCUGAUCCUCACGUCCGCAUAUCUGGCCUCGCACACGCCUCAACGACUCGAUACAAUCUUCUUCUCCAAAUUCUCCUCAUCAUCCCUUUCAGCCCGGAACAAGCGUGCCCACCACCGCCGGCGUUUGAAAGUCCUCUCCCAAGCCCAGGCAGAAGAGAGACGAGCUGCAAACGACGACCCGUCAACCCCCAACAAGAAAGGAAAACGAACCAAAACCCGCAUCACAAAAUCAACUCUCUCCUCUGCCUUUGCGACCUCCUCGGCCACCACAUCCGCCAUCGGAGAACGUCUCCUGGCUAUCUACCAUGCGAUUGACCCGAACCCCCCAGCAACCCCACUUCGGGUUGCAGCCGUCGCAGACCGUAUCUACGCCGAACUCGCAACGUUGCGACGCUUGCGGCUCGUCGUGCCCGCUGCUAGCCAUAGUGCUAUGGCGACUAGUAGUGGGAAUACCACUGCUGAUGCGGGAGAUAAGUGGUGUGUCAAUGUCUCUGGUGACUGGAUCGGUGAGCUGGCUAAGGGUAUUGGUGUCGAGGUUGGCGAGUGGUUGGCUGGUGGUCUGGACUGA